AUGAUAAGAGCCACACCCAAAAGACUACUCACAACCAGAAUACCUAAACAGUACAAAGAAUUCAAGUACCCAAAUUACAACAUCAAACACAACCUCCCUCGACUUCCCCACAGACAACUGAACAUCACUGGUGCUACAUUUCCCUCCACUUUUAGCAACAACAACAACAACAACAAAAAUAAGACCCAGAUUCAAACUAUGGUAUCAACAGAAGCACAGCUCGACAAGUUACGCAACUACACAGCGCCAACCUACUACUCUUCGUCUGCUCGCACCAAUGAAGGACAAAACACUACAGUUUCUGUCUGGCACCGUGUACCCGUCUCACGUCGAUCAGCAGUAUUCAUUCUCCUCUUUCUAGGCAAAAAGGGCGAAUUACGAGUCCUCCUCACAAAGAGAUCAUCAAAACUACGCAACUUUCCAGGCCAUGUAGCAUUGCCUGGAGGUAAGGCAGAUGAUGCACUGGAGUCAGAAUGGCAAGUGAGUCGAAGAGAAAUGCACGAGGAGAUUGGCCUUUCCUCAGAUGACGAAAGUUUGGCGAAAUUAGGCAUAACAAUUGAGCAUUUGACAUUGUUGCCAAGCUAUUUAUCACGAACAUUCUCUUGUGUUCGACCAUGUGUUGGCUUUAUGAAAUUCGACAACAACAACAAUAGCUCCAACCAGGACGAAACAGAUAUUGAAAACACAAUAGCAUUGAAGUUGAACUUGGCGUUAAACCCUGGAGAGAGCUCAUCGAUAUUUUCGUGUCCAUUGCGAGAUUUUCUAUACCCAACAAUAGACGAAAAACCCAUGGAAUCAAUUGAGAGAGUCUCAUACAAGGUGAAAUGGGGAGGUAUUCCAUGGGACUUGAGGUCCUAUAUGUUUUUGCAAAAUAAUGAAAAUGAAAUCGAUUGGCUAAAGGAUAUCAAGGACUUAUCGCAACUGGAGGAAGAUGAUAUAUUAGGCUCAGAGUUGGACUCCGAGGAUAAGGAAAGCGUUACACCUCCAUCAUUUAGAUCGAGAGCAUCGAGUCCAAAACGAGGUGACUCAAAUACACAAGUUGUUGUUAAGAAGCUGAGUCGAGAACCUUCAACUAAACAAAACCUUUCUUCUUGGGGGAGAUUGGGUUCAAGGAAACUUGAAGACACAAAUGAAAAAGUAUACGACGUAUGGGGAUUAACAGCAAACAUCUUGCAUGACCUCAGCAGACUCAUCUACGAUGAUAGGCUGAGCAACAAACGAAUGAUUGUUGGAGAGGAGGAUAUGAUCUAUGCACUCUAUGAAUACGGAAACAUGAUGCAGCAGAAAGAGAGAAGCGAGAUGGAACGCAAGAUGAUCCACCUGACAAGUGUCGAUGAUUCUCAAAACGGGUUCUGCGAAAUCUUACCAAAGGAGGUGUUUGAUAGAUUAGUUAAUAUAUAUAAAUUGUAA